UAAUAAAAACUAAGACCUCUCUUUGUUUCAUUCAUUCACACAUUCACUUAACUCUUUGCACAUGAUUCAACUCUCUUUCUUUCUCUUUCUCAUUGAAGUUCUUUCUUGCACAGAUCCAGGUGACAUGAGAAAUAGGGGUUGUUAAAGCAUUGAAAGUGUGGAUGGUAAACUCAUGCGUGCAGAUAUAAAUUAGUUUGAUCCCUUAAUUAUUUAAGUGGGAUACUAGGAAGUUUCCCGAUUCAUUUGCAAGUGCUUCUUGUACAAUAGAAGAUUUGAAAAUCGGGAGUUAUAAAUGGAAGAAAUACAGUCUCAAUCAGACAAUUAUAGGUCUUCAUCCUCUUCAGCCAGUAGUCCCACAAGUAGAAUGCCUUCAAGUAACUUUUUCUAUUUGCGGAAACCUGGUUCUCUCAGACAAGCUAUCUCAUUUGAGGAUUCACCUGAGUGGGAGGAUACUGAUGUUGGUGCCAGAGUGGAGGAAGGAGGUGACUCUAUUAAUGCCGCAACCACACCUGUCUCCCCAUCUCUCUCAAAGCUCAAUAGUGGGUCCUUGCCAUCACCACCGCUGCCAGAGGGUGCAGCUGUUGCAAGAAAAAAUGCUGGCGCAUCAGUUGUGUGGAAAGACUUGACUGUUACUAUAAAGGGGAAAAGGAAAUAUUCUGAUAAGGUGGUGAAGAGUUCGAAUGGUUAUGCAUUACCUGGCACAGUGACAGUGAUCAUGGGUCCUGCAAAAUCUGGGAAGUCCACACUUCUAAGGGCUAUUGCAGGUAGAUUACAUCCUUUGGCUAAAAUGUAUGGUGAAGUAUUCGUGAAUGGGGUGAAAAUGCACAUGCCAUAUGGUUCAUAUGGAUUUGUUGACAGAGAAACCGCUCUAAUUGGUUCACUUACAGUCAGGGAGUAUCUAUACUACUCAGCUUUGCUCCAACUUCCUGGUUUUUUCUGUCAGAAAAAGAGUGUGGUAGGGGAAGCCAUCGAUGCCAUGUCCUUGGGUGACUAUGCAAACAAACUGAUUGGUGGUCAUUGCUAUAUGAAAGGCCUUCCUAGUGGUGAAAGAAGGCGUGUUAGCAUUGCUCGGGAACUCGUGAUGAGGCCACGUAUCUUAUUUAUAGAUGAACCUCUUUAUCAUCUUGACAGUGUCUCUGCCCUUUUGAUGAUGGUAACACUGAAGAAACUUGCAAGCACAGGAUGCACUCUAAUUUUCACCAUUUACCAGAGCAGUACUGAAGUGUUUGGGCUCUUUGAUCGUAUCUGUCUGCUUUCAAAUGGAAACACCCUGUUUUUUGGGGAAACAUUAGCUUGCUUGCAGCACUUCUCAAAUGCUGGAUUCCCUUGCCCGAUUAUGCAAAGUCCAUCUGAUCACUUUCUGCGUGCCAUAAAUACAGAUUUUGACAGGAUCAUUGCGAUGUGCAAAAAUUGGCAGGAUGACAAUGGGGAACUUUCAUCUGUGAAUAUGGAUACCGCUGUUGCAAUUCGUACACUUGAGGCAACAUACAAAUCGUCGGCUGAUGCUGCUACCGUUGAAACUAUGAUACUGAGACUCUCAGAGAAGGAAGGUCCAGUUCUCAAAAGCAAGGGAAGGGCUAGCAAUGCCACAAGAAUUGCAGUAUUGACUUGGAGAUCAUUAUUAAUUAUGUCGAGGGAAUGGAAAUACUACUGGCUUCGUCUUAUUCUUUAUAUGCUUCUUACACUGUGUAUUGGAACUGUAUUUUCAGGCUUGGGACAUUCUUUGUCCUCAGUUGUGACAAGAGUUGCAGCAAUUUUUGUAUUUGUAUCAUUUACUUCACUUUUAAGCAUCGCCGGAGUACCUGCACUAAUGAAAGAAAUCGAGUUAUAUGCCUGCGAGGAGUCAAACCAGCAUUCAGGAGCUUUAGUCUUUUUGUUUGGGCAACUUCUCUCCAGCAUUCCAUUCCUAUUCCUCAUCUCCAUAUCAUCAAGUCUUGUCUUCUAUUUCUUACUAGGGUUGCGAGAUGAAUUCAGCUUGCUCAUGUACUUUGUGCUGAAUUUCUUCAUGUGCCUCUUAAUAAAUGAAGGAUUAAUGCUGGCUGUUGCUUCUUUGUGGCAAAAUAUUUUCUGGAGUGUCUUAACACUAAUAACCAUACAUGUGAUAAUGAUGCUUGCAGCAGGCUAUUUCAGAAUCCGGAACGAGUUGCCUGGACCUGUAUGGACGUAUCCAUUAUCAUACAUUGCUUUCCACACUUAUUCGAUCCAGGGGCUUUUGGAGAAUGAGUACCUAGGGACCAAUUUUGCCGUUGGACAGGUGAGGACCAUAUCCGGGUUUCAGGCACUCCAUAGUGCUUAUGAUAUCUCUCCAAGCAGUAAUUCCAAGUGGGAGAAUAUACUGGUGUUGUUCCUCAUGGCAGUUGGAUAUAGAAUUCUUGUGUUUGUUUUGCUACAUUUUCGUGUAAGGAAAAAUGUAUCCCUACGUAGACUUUGCCAGUGUCAUCGCAAUUCAACAACCUGAGAUGAAUGCGAGUGGUACUAUCGAUCUUUGUCAGCGAUUCAAAUGGUAUAAUCCCUUUUCUUUUGGCUUUGCUUGUCCAAUCCAAAGUUGUCAUUCAUAAAUUUGGCUGUGAAUGUGAUAUAGGAAAGGAGUGCCAAACUUUGAUGCAUCAGAGGACAGAUCCACCUGACCCUAAUGUAAGGAAAGAAAGUUACUUGUUCUAUAAGCAAGAAUAGUGACAAAAAUCCAAAUUACAUCCUGUACUAGAAACAUUAAAGAAGAAAUGGCAGUAACAAAAAGCUGAAGAUGAUGAUUCAAAUAUUCAAACUGAAAUCAUCAAAACCCUAGUCAUGGAUGACGGAUAUUGGGAGGAGAUGGUUUUGCAUUGAAUUUUAGCCUUCAGUUCCUUGAUGAACUGUUCCAUUUUUUUUUCUGAUGAUCCAUUGAGUGUCAACUCAUUUUCUAAUGUUGCCUUCACCUCCUUGAACUUGUCUAAUGAUCCCUUGAUUUCCACUCAUCGGACGGUGGAUAUUAUCAGAAACUUCCUCCUUUGUGGUGGGCUCAAAUGAAUCUCAGUUCAAGUGUUGAAUUACCCCCGCAAUGAGUCAAAAACCCUCCUGUUCCUGGGUGGGCCAGCACUUCAUUUUGACAACACCAAGGUAUGAUCAUCGAACGGUCACCAAUCUCCUCCGCAAGAGGAUCAGCAUCUUCAGAGCUCACAAUAUCAGGCCUGAUCACCCAAAUAAAAUUCACUUUCCUAAGCAAAAGCUCAAUGGCUAUCUAUUAGGUCAGUUUUUUAAACAUGGGCACAUAGCUACCAAAAGACACUUACAAAACUGAGCCAUGAAGAUUUUUAUCGAGCCAUUGGGUGCAACUGGACACGGACCAAAGGCUACCCAUGCAUGAACUGGUCAUGGUUCAACGACCUGUCGAACCCAACAGGGAGUCCAUCAUGUUAUUCAUCACAUAAAAAAAAUAUAUGAAUAAUAGGUCUU